AUGACAUGUGGAGAAGUUCUAGAUUCUAGAGUGUUCGCUGAGGUAAUUGGACGGUGUAGAAGAAUGGGUGCAGUUGCACUAGCAAGUAUUCCAUACAAAACACUUAUCGAUAUUGGAUGGAAGACCGAAAAGAAUCACGACGCCCAGACAGACGACUACACCGAUAAAAUAGUGACACUGCAUAUUGACUUGCGCACGCUUACAAUUUCUACCUUGCAAAAUCAUCAUGGCUGCCUAGAGCGUAAUCUUCCGUCAUUUUCCUUUCCAUAUCAAUUUUGCACUUGGUUAACUCCUCCGGUAUUGUGGGCUCAACGUCAAGAUGUCUUAUUCUUAACUAUUGCUCUAACGGAUAUCCGUGAACCAAAGAUUGAUCUCGACACCAACAAGCUUUCUAUUGAAUGCAAAGCUGGGACUAAUGGUGCAACAUACCGUUUAGAGUGUGAAUUUUAUAAUGAGAUUGAACCCAAGGAAUCAAAGCAGAACUUAACAAGUAGACAAUUAGUUCUAAAUAUUAAAAAGAAGGAAUCAGGCCCUUACUGGCCAAGAGUGCUAAAACAAGCGCAAAAGCCUGGCUGGCUAAAAGUUGAUUUUAAUAGAUGGAGAGAUGAAGAUGAGAGUGAAGAAGAGAGUAACGAUAAGCCAGAUUUUAGUCAGAUGAUGCAAAAUAUGGGAGGUGGCGGCGGUAUGCCUCCAGGCUUUGGAGAAGGUGAUUUGGGUGACUUACCAGAUUCGGAUGAUGAUAAUGAUGAUAGUGAUGAUGAAAAAAUGCCUGAUUUGGAAAGUUAAGAAGCCACAAGAUUCUCUCAAUUUGUGACUUACAAAUAACGCUAGCUUUUCAUUCUGGCUUAUGAUUAGUAGUCUAUCGAGCAUUGCUAGGUCACUGUUGUACCGAAUUCAUGAUUGUGCUAGUGCAUACAAAAUAAUUGUCAUUGCCUUUCGACUAACCAUUUUUUGUCACGUGUGUUAAGUAUAUUUCUGCAAUGAUACUGAUAAAUUUACGACAAAAUGUAUCUUUAUGAAGUAGUUCAUUUAACUGUUGUUUGUAUGUCCAUUUACGAACUCUAUUCGGCAUGGUUCUAAUGUGUCACUUCCACUACUCGAUAGAUUACUUUGGUAGAAAUGUAUUUUGCAGUUUCCGAUGAUAAUUAAACUGACUUACCUUUCAGUUUU